AUGGAAAAAGGCUUCAGAUUACUGAUCGUUGAGAAGGACUCGAAAUUGGCCAUUGAGUUGAUCGACAAGAGCACGGAUGUUGUUCAUCACCUGGCCACGAUACUAGGAGCCAUUUGUAGACAGAUUGUGCAGGGAUGGAUGGUCAGAUUAGUUCACACAUACCGUGAAGGGAAUAGAGCUGCGGACUGGCUCUUAAAGCACAAUCUCAUCUAUCCCUUCGGGUAUGUUGAACUACCGGACCCCCUGUCCUGUUACAACAUAUCAUUCGAGAAGAUAUGUCGGGGUCAGCCUCCAGAGACACAUUGUGCAGGACACUGA